GUACACUCUAAAGUUGUUCCUCUCUCAGUUUGUGUCAUCAGCCACGAGUUUCCUCCUCCUCUUCAUCACAGCAUCCAGCCGACUGAAGAGUUCCUCUCCGGUGAUUCAGAAGAGAUGGGAGACCCUUUAACCGAGUACACAGCCCGACUACAACAACAGGAGCGUGAGAUCCGGAGUCUCUCUGCAGAGAUCGAGAGUCUAAAAAACUCACAGACCCUGAGUCCGUCUCCACAACUGGAUGAGCUGCGGGAUGAAAACACCAAACUGAAGUACCGCCUCAACAUCCUGAAGAGGAGCCUGCAGGAGGAGAAGAAGACGACUCACUGCGGUAAAUCCAUGAUGAACAUCAACGAGCAGCUCCAGGAGGUUUUCGGCGAGGCCAUCCGGGCUUCCUGCCCGGAGCUGGACAACCCUCCGGUGUCCGUCGCGCCCAACCAGCAGGCCAAGUUUGGAGACUACCAGUGCAACAGUGCCAUGGCCAUGGCUCAGAUGCUGAAGGCGAAGGGAAUGAAAAUCAACCCGAGGGAAAUCGCAGAGAAGAUCAUCCAGAAUCUUCCGGACAACGAAUUCGUCCAGAAAACUGAAAUCGCAGGACCAGGGUUCAUCAACAUCCACCUGAAGAGGCCGUUUGUGUCCAAACUGUUGAGCAACCUGCUGAUCAACGGCGUGCAGCCCCCCCCACUGGCCUCCAGGAAGAGGGUGGUGGUGGAUUUCUCCUCUCCCAACAUUGCCAAAGAGAUGCACGUCGGUCACCUGCGCUCCACCAUCAUCGGGGAAAGCAUGUGUCGUCUGUUUGAGUUUCUGGGCUACGACGUCGUCAGGUUGAACCAUGUGGGAGACUGGGGGACCCAGUUUGGGAUGCUGAUCGCUCACCUGCAGGAUAAAUUCCCAGACUACCUGACCUCCUCCCCGCCCAUCGGUGACCUGCAGGCCUUCUACAAAGAGUCGAAGAAGCGUUUUGACGAGGAGGAGGACUUUAAGAAGCGAGCGUACCAGUGUGUCGUCAGACUGCAGAGCAAAGAGCCCGACUUCAUGAAAGCCUGGAAACUCAUCUGUGAUGUUUCAAGGAAAGAGUUUCAGAAGGUUUACGACUGCCUGGACAUCACGAUCAUCGAGAGAGGAGAGUCGUACUACCAGGACAUGAUGAAAGAGGUGGUGAAGGAGUUCGAUGAGAGAGGCUUGACGGAGAUGGACGAGGGCCGUAAGAUCGUCUUCGCCCCGGGUCAGUCCAUCCCCCUCACCGUCGUCAAGUCGGACGGCGGGUACACCUACGACACGUCGGACCUCGCCGCCCUGCACCAGAGACUCUUCGUCGAGAAGGCCGACAUGAUCAUCUACGUCACAGACAGCGGUCAGGCCGUACACUUCCAGGUGGUGUUCGCUGCAGCUCGGAUGAUCGGCUGGUACGACCCCCAGGUGACCCGGGUGGAGCACGCAGGCUUUGGAGUGGUGCUGGGGGAAGACAAGAAGAAGUUUAAGACUCGGUCCGGAGACACGGUGAGGCUGAUGGACCUGCUGGACGAGGGACUGAAGAGGUGCAUGGACAAACUGAUAGAGAAGGAGAGAGACAAGGUGCUGACCCCGGAGGAGCUGACCAAAGCCCAGAGGUCCGUCGCUUUCGGCUGCAUCAAAUACGCCGACCUCUCCCACAACCGCAUCAACGACUACGUCUUCUCCUUCGACAAGAUGCUGGACGACCGGGGCAACACGGCGGCGUACCUCCUCUACGCCUACACUCGCAUCAGGUCCAUAGCUCGCCUGGCUAACAUCGACGAGGCCACGCUGAGGAAAGCAGCCGAGACCUCGGAGGUCCUGCUGGACCACGAGAAGGAGUGGAAGCUGGGGAAGUGCAUCCUCCGGUUCCCCGAGAUCCUGCAGAAGAUCCUGGACGACCUGCUUCUCCACACGCUCUGCGACUACCUGUACGAGCUCGCCACCACCUUCACGGAGUUCUACGACAGCUGCUACUGCAUUGAGAAGGACAGACAGACCGGUGAGGUGGUGAAGGUCAACAUGUGGAGGAUGCUGCUCUGUGAAGCCACCGCGGCCACCAUGGCCAAAUGCUUCGACAUCCUGGGCAUCAACCCCGUCGGCAGGAUGUGAUGUCACGGCGAUCCACACCCCGCCUCCGUCUGUUGUCCGUCUGCAUCCGAGUUCAACCAGAACAGGAACGGGAGGACGAUAAACAGUAAACGGUCUCUUUCACUCACGUCACAGCCACCGGACUUUAAGAAUGAAUAUCCAUUAAAGUUAUUAUAUCCAUCCUGAGAGGAAAAACACAUAAUGUUAAAUCCAUUAAUUAACAUCUCGUGAAGUUUCUUUUUUUUAUUAAAGAACCGAAACCAAAAUAUCA